AUGGACUCAGAAAUCACACAGGUCUUCCAGAGAGCACUCACCUGUCCCGUCUGCCUCAACUACCUUAUAGACCCAGUCACCAUAGACUGUGGUCACAGCUUUUGCAGACCCUGCCUCUGCCUCUUCUGGGAAGAAGCCCAGACUCAUGGAUCUUGCCCAGAGUGUAGGAAGCCAUCACAGCAGAAAGAUUUCAAAACCAAUAUUGUUCUCAAGAAUCUAGUGUCCAUUGCUAAAAAAGCCAGCCUCUUGCAAUUCCUGUGCUCUGAGGAGCAAAUGUGUGGCACCCACAAGGAGAAGAAGAAGAUGUUCUGUGAAGUGGACAAGAGCCUGCUGUGUUUGCUCUGCUCUAACUCCCAGGACCAUGGGGCUCACAGACACUGUCCCAUUGAAGAGGCAGCUGAGGACCACCGGGAGAAGAUCUUAAAGCAGAUGAGUUCUUUAUGGAGAAAGAUCCAAGAAAAUCAUAGAAAACUACAUGAGGAAAAGAUGCUAAUCCUCCCAUGGAUGGGCUAUGUGUCUCUACGGGAAAGGAUAAUCAGGGAAGAGUAUAGGAAGCUGCCUCCAGCUCUCCAAGAGGAAGAGAAACAACAUAUAGAGAGAUUGAAAAAGGAAAGCCAAGAAAUUUUUCAGCAACUUAAUACAAGUGCAGCCAAAAUGGAUGAAAAGAGGAAACAACUAAAAGAAAUGUACAGGACACUGGUGGAAAUGUGCCAGAAACCAGAUGUGGAGCUGCUCCAGGAUUUCGGAGAUAUACUGACAAGGAGUGAGUCUGUGCACAAGCACAUGCCCCAGCCUGUGAAUCCAGAGCUCAGUGCAGUGCCCAUCACCGGACUGCUGGAUAGGCUCAACUGCUUCCGAGUGGAGAUUUCCUUCCAUAAUGAAAUAGCCAAUCACAAUAUCAGGCUGUUUGAUGAUGUGAGAAGCUUGAUACUUAGACCUGAUUAUGAAGAUGCAUCUUUGAAUUCUAAUGGAUCUAACUGCUUUGCUAUGAGGGGAGUCCAGGCCUUCACCUCUGGGAAGCAUUACUGGGAGAUGGAUGUAGACGACUCUAUGGACUGGGCUGUAGGAGUCUGUAAAGAUUCCUGGAUAAGGAAGAAUGGCACCUUGUUGCAAUCUAAGGACAUAUUUCUUCUUUUAUGUGUGGAGGAGGAUAAUCACUGCACUCUCUUCACCACCUCCCCGAUGGUUCCUCACUAUGUGGAGAAACCUCUGGGCCAGGUUGGUGUGUUUCUUGAUUUGGAGAGUGGAAAUGUGAGUUUUUUGAAUGUUGCCAAGAGUUCCCUCAUAUGGACGUACCCUGCUGGCUCCUUCUCUGUCCCUGUCAGGCCUCUCUUUCUCACCAGCCACAGAUGA